AUGGGCAAAGCUCGAAGUCGGAAAGCUUUUUGCUUAACAAAAAUAACAAGCAAUCACACUGACGGUAGGAUGGAGACUGCAUCAGACGGGGGCAGCGAGGUGGAGGAGGGGAGCUCAGAAGGGGGCGCUCGCGUCGAGCACUCCUUUGGAGGCGUCGAACCAGCUUUGUAUCACUCUGAUAUGAUAACGAAUGUUUACAAAGUCGAUGAUAUCAAAACGCUAGUGAAAAUAAGCACCCAAAAUAGACAA